CAUGUCCUGUCAGUGAGGAAAUUCAAGCAGGAAGCUGCAGGUGAGGAUAUCUAGCAAGUUAAAACUGCUGACCCAGUUUCAUUCCCUCGUUGCAUUCUUCAGCACACAUGAGUGUGUCCAGGCUGCAGAAACUGAAGGGUCAUAUUUUGCCUGAAAAUAAGAGCACAGCAAUGGCAGGCUCACCUGGUCCGCUCACCACUCACGUGCUGAAUACAGCCUCGGGCAUCCCUGCUUCCAACAUGGCCCUCAGCCUCUCUCGACAAGUCCCCUCCACCAAUGACUGGACACUGAUAACCACUGGGACCACUAAUGACGAUGGACGUUGCCCAGGGCUCAUCACAAAAGAACUGUUCACCCCUGGUGUGUACAGACUGCGUUUUGACACCGCUCAAUACUGGGCGAGUAUGGGCGACACCAGUUUUUACCCCUAUGUUGAGAUUGUCUUCACUAUAAAUGACCCUGGACUGAAGUACCACGUCCCCUUGCUGCUGAGUCGUUUCUCUUACAGUACCUACAGAGGGAGCUAGAGUUCAGAUGGGAUGAAGUCCUGAGACUGCCUCCAUCUAUCAGGCACACACAGGCAGUGACAAUCAUAUUCAAUAUGUUUCUGAUAUUAUCUGUACUUAGGCUCUAUCAUAAUGUUUAAAAUCUAUUUCCCAGUCACUAUGACAUACAACAUUUUUAUUGACCCAUCGAAUAAAGUGUUUCAGAUUUG